AUUACGUUUAGGCUGGCUGAAUAUUAUCACAAGUUUCAUAACUAACUGUGAUUCAAUGCUAUUCACCGUCUCAGUACAGCUAUCGCUCUUUACCGGGUUAUUGCACGGAUUUGGCGUGUACAAUUUUAAUUCGUCCUUCCCUUACGUUGAUAUGGUUGACGCAGCCGUAGGACCCUCAAAUGCCGGUCACGAUGUUUGUAGUACUUCCGAACUGCGUACUAAAGUUAUAGCGGAGCAAAAUGAUCCGGAAACCCUCGAUGAUGUUCCAUUCACUGUGAAGAUAGUCCCUUCCCACUCAGAACCUUUUGAACUACAGGUCAGCUCAUUUGAGCUGGUGCAGGAGAUUUACAGAGUUUUAGUCGAUAGAGAAGAGACAUGCAGCUGCACCUGUUUUUCACUUGCUCUUAACGGUCAAACUCUUGAUAUGUUUGCGGAGUUGAAAGCGAUCGAAGGACUAAAGGACGGUUCUGAGAUUCGCGUAAUUGAGGGUCGAUACACCGUUCGGGAAGCAAAGAAUCAUGUCAAGCAUGUUCAUGAUUUACUUAAUUCGAUUGAGCCAUGCGAUGCAUAUGCUGGCAAAGAACAGAUGUCCCUUACUUUCGUCAGUCUCAUAACAGGAGAUUUAGAACGUAAAGGUAUAAAGUCACGUCCUGAUUCUUGCAUUGACUUCGCUCCGCCCGAAUUUAUCCUUCCCGGUUAUUGUUCCAACGGCCCCCACGACCUGCCGCUCAGUCCGCUACAUCCCACAGAGCAUGACGGAAAACCUCUGCGGUGUGUGCGCCAGUUGAACUACAGCAAUUGGAACCCACCACCAACAUCCAGACGGCUGCUCGGUGAUUUAGUCUAUCUUUUUUUCCACACACUGGAGGAUAAGCGCUACCACAUAACGGCUUGUUCAAGAGGAUUUUAUGUUAACAUGUCCACAGAAGAUGAGUUCCAUCCCCAUCCUGUUCAGCAUGCAUACGUGGCCCAUUCAUUGGUUGAUCUGCUGAAACAACUCAGUCCCGGUUUCAAGCGCAACUUUGAAACUUUACUGAAGCGCCGUGCUUCAAAACAUCCCUUCGAGCGCGUCCCAAGUCCGUACCAAGUAUACAGCUGGUUAGCUCCGUCCUUCAAGCACACUCCGGAUUCAAUACGAAAGGAAGAAGCAUUUUCUUCUAGGAUGGCUUGCGAAGAAAAUUUGCCAGGCCAGACGCGAGAUUGGAACGAAGAAUUGCAAGUCACACGUGAGCUACCACAGUCUCGUCUCACAGAACGACUGUUGCGAGAUCGCGCCAUAUUCAAAUCCAACAGCGAUUUUGUCGCCGCGGCUACCCGGGCUGCCAUGAGUGUGGUGAACGGCGACAUUCUGGCCAUCAACCCCGGCGAGACGAGAAAGCAACAGAUGUUCAUUUGGAACAACAUGUUCUUCUCCUUGGGAUUUGACGUAAAAGAUCAUUACAAGCAGUUUGGUGGUGAACAUGCGGCCUACGUGGCUACCUCUAGUGAUCUCAGCGGUGUGCGAGCAUACUCUAUGCUCGAUCAGGCCGGGUUGCACACAUUAGGAACCGCCAUCAUCGACUACCACGGCUUUCGAGUCACCGCUCAAACGAUUAUCCCUGGAAUUUUGGAAAAGGAACAGGAGCAGCUGGUUGUUUAUGGUUCCAUUGAUUUCGGAAAAACAGUCGUGACAGACCGCCGAUACGAGGAGCUUCUCUCGAAAACUGCCCAGCAGUUGAAAAUUCGACCUCACAAAGUACUUAAUCAGAAUGGCGAUGAGGUUCAACUCUACUCUUCCGUUGAUUGCAAAGGGAUCGUUGGCAAUGAUGGACGUACGUACAUUCUCGAUUUACUCCGCACAUUCCCGCCUGAUCUCAAUUAUUUUGGCACGUGUCCUCAGGAUCUCUGUCCCAAACUAUCUCCCUCUCUAACUCAAUUCGGGUACCCAUAUCAACAUAGACAUUUGCUAUGCACCCUGCGACAAGAACUAAUCGAGGCAUUCUUCGAGCACCGUCAUGAGGCGUUUCUGCGCUCCGCAGUUUUAGAAAUCCAGAAGAUAAAGGACGAAUAUGCAAACAUCGCAACGAACAAUACGAACGAGGCAAGCGCAUCCGAAGUAGCCGUUGGCACCUCUCUUUUGCACUCCCUUCAGGAGUCCGUUAACCAAGAAUCCGCCCCUAAUCAUGAAGAUACCAAGGCCCAGACAAGUGUGUUUACACCUGGACUGUUUUCAAAAAAACCGUUGAAUCCUUCUCAUUCGGAUAACUUGUUGGUGCUGAAGAAAUUACUCAACGACGAUUCAGCCGUUAAUAGUGACCUCGCUAUUGAAGCUAUUCAAGUUGCUACUAGAUCAGCGGGUUCGGUGUAUUCGGAUCGGUUUGAGCUGGCAUUCAAUCCGGACAUUUGUCAGAAAUUCGUCAAGUUUCCUGAUUCUGAGCGAGAUGCAUUGGAAGCGGAUAAGAAUCUUGUGAUCGAUGCCUGUGACUUCCUGGUUACAAAACAGAUCCCUGCAUUCGUAAGAGACUGCUACAGCCUCUACAUUUCCCCACAGGACGGACACGCAUUGAUUGAGGUCCUUCAUCAACGUGGCAUCAACGUGCGCUACUUGAAUCGCGUGGUUGAAUUGAUCGAUCAAAAACCGUCACUUGUUUACUUGAAGCGUAUCGCCAUCACUGAGUUGUUAAUCCGAUCAACCAAACACAUUUUCAAGAACUACCUCCAGGAAGUUGACCCAAUGCUCGUUUCCGUGUCAGUGGCACACUUUUUAAAUUGCUUCCUCACCAGCUGUCAAAAUCUCACUCCUUUGGCCGGGAUCAACGAGCAAGUGUUAAAAUUGAAUCGGAACAAAAAGAAUAAAAAGAAAUCUCGAAAUGUCAGAGAAUCCAGUGAGGAAAUGUCCUGGAUCAGCGACACUCCUGCAACCCUUUGGGCAGAUAUCGUGAAAGAAGCCAAGGAGUAUUACCACUACCAAAUAUCUGCGCCGGACAUCGAUGCAUUCUGUGCUCAGUUCGAAAUACAACGCACUCAAAUUCUUCGUUCAUUUUGUUCCACUGUGGGAAUCCAGCUUUUAUUGCGUGAUUAUCAACUCACUCCACCGAACGGUGCAAAACACCACACGCGUCCCGUCUUCUUCACUGAAGAUAUCCUUUCCCUUUAUCCAAUUGUAAAGCACCUGCAUCCACAUGCCACCGACGCAUACCACUAUUUUACUACCGGACAGGCACGCAUCUCUUCUGGUCACUUACAAGAAGGUUUCGAGCUAAUCAAUGAGGCUCUUAACCUCUUAAAUGCCGUGUACGGGCCUCUCCAUCCUGACAUUGGAGCGUGCAAUCGUCUAUUAGCAAGACUUUCCUAUGUUAUGAGCGAACAUCAAGCUGCUCUACUGUUUCAGCAUCGGGCCACCAUGAUCAGCGAGCGCGUUCACGGAAUCGACAAUCCAACUACCGUAACAGAAUAUAUCCACCUCGCAUUGUACUGCUUUGCAUGUGGUCACAUAGUGCAGGCUCUGCAGCUGCUCUAUCGGGCCCGAUAUAUCGCUCUGCUGUGUCACGGCGAUGUGCACCCUGAAAUGACGCAAAUCGAUACCAAUAUUGGACUCAUGCUUCAAAUCGUCGGUGAAUUCGAUCUGGCUCUCGUCUUUCUUGAGAACGCGUUGGAUCUGAGCAAAGUUUUUUACGGCGAGAGAAAUUUGAAAGAGGCUUUUACCUGUCAUCUGAUCAGCCGAACGUACACCUACCGCGGCGAUUUCCGUUCUGCUUUGGCCUACGAAAAGCGGAGAUUCGCCAUUUACAAAGAACGCCUUGGCCCUGAUAGCGACUACACUCGCGACAGUGACGAAUGCCUGCGAAACCUGACUCAACAAGCAGUGACAAGAGCCAAGAAAGUGGCCGAAUUGGUCUCCACAUCACAAACUAACGGUGUUGCUGCCAAGAACACCAGUUCCGGUGUUGUCGUUAAGGACGAUGACGACGCGGAUACGGGCAGCUCUAUGCUAACUCUGCGAUCCCUUCUGCCAGGUCCUUUGUCCCCCUACAACUCUGGCAUUCCAAUGCCUACACUAAGCUCAAUUCUUGAGACGCUUAAUCGCGUGAAUGGAAUUCUGGUUAUUCAUUUGAGGACACAAGAUGCUGAGCUCUCUGUCACAAAGAACCGAGAAGGUCGCAUUUCACCAAAAGUGCUCAAAAAUGAAACAACAUCCUCCGGGGCUAAUCUCAAUGGACAAUGUGCUGAACCUCCGCAAUCUUCCGGUGACUUCCCUGGUACUACCGUGCAGGUUGCCUAGUUCUUAUUCUGACUACAUUACGCGCGCCAUGGUUGCACUUGUGUAGGCUUUAUUUUUUGACGUCGAUCUGGCGUUUAUCAUCCGACAACGGUGUUCAUGCCGCGCUUGCUUUUCAACACCUCUCUCUACCGUGAUUACUUCUUGGAUACAGCCACGGUGUCUUUUUGUACAUUGGCUUUCCAUCGCUCUGCGUGGCUGUAUCGAAGUCGUUUCGUAGUGGCCUUUACUUCCCCUCUCCCCAAUUUGUAUCCUCCACUGUGUUUGUCGAUCGCGAUUCGGCGCCAUCGUUCGCAAUGUCCCCAUCUUUAUUUCUACUUUGCAACAGUAGAGUAUAGAUUACAAGACUAGUUUAGCUACACUCACAAGUGUUAGAUGCAUUUUCAGCGAUCUUGUGAUUGUUUGACUUAUACAGUGUAUUUUAUUACAUUUCUUCAUUUUUAUAUUUGUGGUUUACAGAGCACCAAUGCCACCAGGGCAGUGAGCUAACUGUGUCGUUAUGCUUCCCUCAUAAGAAUGCAAUGCAUUUGGACUUUAGCUCUAAAUUACUCUUCAGAAUCACCUGAUUUCUUAUGAAAUCAUUGCUUAGU